GGUACAAGCAGCGAUGUGCGGGAGCAGCGCCUCGUCUCCGGUGUCCUCUCCAGACUGCAGCAUGAGGGAGUACUUAUGAUGCGUUAAACCUCUCUCUCUCUCUCUGUCUUUCUGUCUUUCUGUCUCUCUCUCUCUCUCUCUCUCUCUCUCUCGCUCUCUCUCGCUCUCUUCACCUUCAACCCGAAAGUAAGCAAGACAAACAAUCAUGGUCAUCAUCACCAAAGGAAACGUGAGCUGGGUGCCCAACCAGAGGCCCGAUCGGAGUUUUGGAUCAUCACCGUGGAUGAAGUGAAUGUGGACCGAGUCAGCGCCGCGCAGAGUUGCAGUGAAAGAAGUGAAGAAGAAAAAGAAGAGCAAAGCGUGUGCGUCUCUGAGUGUGUUUUCAUAAGCGGAGCUGCUCGGAGUGGGGGAUGUCGGGUAGAAGUGGAGGAGCGCCUCGGGGGUGCAGCAACCCCAGCCUGCAGCCCCUCAGAGCCACAAUCCCAUACCAGCUCCAGAGGGGCUCAGCUCUCCUCUGCAGGGAGGUCAAGACGGCCGACAGGACCGCGGCUCGCCCGCCGAGACCCACCAUCCGCCGAACUCUGUCUUUGGACACCAUCGUCGCCCCCUACCUGCAGGGACAGUGGCCCAAAGAGGCGGAGAGCACGGCCGUUACCUGUGUCAAUGACAAAGCCACGCAGACUCCAAGUUCCUGGGCAGAGGAGACCCGCGGAAGGAAAAGCUCAGGCGGACACAAGCGCUCGGCCUCGUGGGGCAGUGCAGAGCACCUGAGGGAGGUCGCCAAAUUGAGGAACCAGUUGCAGAAGCGCUCCCGCCAUGUUCCUCCCCCAGCAGGGUACGAGCUCCCCCACCACCCCCUGCCGGCAGGUCAUGCAUCGGGCAUCACUCAGAUGCUGCCUCUGGCGCCGCUGAACAGACUCGCCCCGCGGCUGCGACGCAGUGUUGAAGGCCUCAACCUGGAGCUGGAGGAGGUGUUUGUUUCUGAGAAACCGGAUGAUCAGCAUGAGAUUUUGGAUAUCCCAGAUGGCCGCAGGGCCCCUGUCCCUGUCCAGAGAUGCAGCAGUGGCUCUCAGAGUGAGCCCUCCCCGGGCCCCUUGGAUCUGGAUCCUUCCCUCCUCUCUCCUUCUCAGUCCCCCUGUCCUCUAGAUCCAUCGCUUCUAUCUCCAUCAAAUUCCCCUUCUCCGUUGAACCCAUCUCUUUUGUCUCCGUCACAGUCUCCCUGUGCCAUGGGAGAGCCAGAGCCGGUGGACUGUGAGAGGGCGUGUCCCGCCAUGUCGACGCCGCUCCCUUCAUUUGCAUUGGAUCCUCCUCUGCUGCAGAUAUGCUCCUCCGCUCCCCGUCCCAACAAAACCUACUCCUUCCAGCGCCAGCCGCCGGAAGGCUGCGAGCGAGUACGAGUGUGUGAGGAGGGAAUGUCUGCCUGUCAGGAUGAGCCUCUCGUCCGGCCUUCCUGUCCUGACCCCAAUAAAGUCAACUUCACCCCCCAUGGGGGCUCCGCUUUCUGCCCUGUCAGUCUCCUGAAGCCCCUUCUCCCCUCCAUGGACCUCCUCUUCCGUGGCCUGUCAGUCUCUCCGGUCACCGGCUGCCCAGGUCAGGCCUCUCCCACAAGGCACCUGGGCCUGCAGUAGGUGGAUGUCUGAGCGGAGCCUCCUCUCAGGACUGCACCACGCUGUACUGCCAGAACCUACAGAAACUGUUCAUAUGCCAUCAGAUACCUGUGGUCACAUGGCUCAUCAGUGCAUGAUCACAGUGAUCUAAAUAAGAGAUGUUGUGACUCAUACUCUAGAUUAACUUUGGCCUAAAAUCUGGCUGCUUUACUGAUUAUUUCCACCUUCAGGAAACGAUUUAGCUGAUAUUUACACCAUCAGAACUUAGUAUUCCUCCAUAUGGACUAUGAAUUAAUAACGGGACUAAAGUCCUGGUAAUUUUGGAAAAUACUGAAAAGGUUUUACAGCUAUAUACGUUUUGAUGCUCCUUUUUAUAUGUUUUAGUUCAAACUGCGGUUCAGACAUAGACUGCUCGGGAUGUUUUAUUUUUUGAUGUCCAAAUAAGUGAGCUUAGAGUCAAAAACCCAAGCACUUACAACACAAUUGUUACCUUCUUACUACACUUUGAGGAAAGAAUUGUGAAGUUUUGUUCAAAUUUCAUCUUAAUUUAAUUUGAGUACUUGAUGGGUUUGUUCCUUUUAAAUAUCAAAUUGUUGGAAAGAUAUAUUUUUUGGUCCGAGGUUUAAUGAUGGCCUGCUUUUCUACAAGGAAGAUAUAUAUUUGUGACUUUUAAGAGGCUAAUAAUACUGUUUUUGUUUUCACAGAAAAAUGUCAACUUGUAUUAGCAGGAAUGAAGGUUUUAGUAGCUUUACUUGCACACAGUGGGCAUUGUUCUCACCAAACUUAAGCAUGUUUGUGAUUUUCAGUGGGAAAAAUUGAAUCUUUAGCCCAAUCUGAGCCUCUAUGGUCUGGCCAGGAAGCCUUAAUGUGUCAAUAUUCAAUUGAGAUAAGGAAGAGGUUGAUUCCCUCAGCUUGAGCUAAAUUGAUCAAACACUGUCUUUGUUAGCAUAAUCCUAUACAACACUGAAUAAAUAAAAAGAAACUAGUUGGAUUUUCGGAAUAUGCACCCUUUUAAUACUUGAAAUGUAUAGUGUGCCACUGUGAAGAAAAUAAAAUAACCACAUUGUC